UCAAAUUGGUCAAGUAACGCCAUCUGUCGAUCGAGAAUCAAAAAACGCCGUUCUUGUUUUUGAGCACAAGUGUCACACAUUUAGACUUGUGUUUUGUGUUGUGUCAAUCGUCGUCGAAAUAUAUGUGUGGUUUUUGGUUAUCAUUUCAAACCAAACAAAAACCUCUUGAUGCUUUUGAAGAUAAUUUAUCAAGUUUCAUUUCUAUUCUUUGCUUCUUCAUUUUAUUAAAUUAAAUUUUUUUUUGUUUUAUUGAUUUACUAUGACCACCAUAAAACAAAUUGUUGAUAUCAAUAAUGAUGAUCAACAACAACAGCAACCAGAAAAGCAGCAGUGUUGGCAACCAAAAAAUGAUGAUGAUAACAACGACCAACACCAUCAUAACAGCCACAAUGAUGGAGAGGAAAAUAUCAAAACCGGUAACAAUAACAAUAAUAAUAAUAAUGUUCGACAACAACAGCGACAAUUUUAUUUUAAUAAUAAUGAUGAUAAUAACAAAAAUAAUUAUAAUUCAAUGUAUAAUGCAAUAAAACCACGACAAUCAAUACGUAAUCGUCGUAAUCAAAGAUUUGAAAAACAAUUCAUAUCAUCAGCUGCGACAACGGUGACCAAAUCAUACGAUGAUUCAUUAGAUUCAUUAGAAUUUAUCAAAGAAUUAAAAAGACGUUCCAACAAUAGUAGUAGUUGUGGUGGUCUGCUAUCAAUUUCACAUUCGAUUUAUAUGUGGCUCACACAGAUAAUAACAUGGAUUCAAUCAUCCAUUAUAUCAUAUUUACAUUAUUCACGAAUCAACAUUCGUUUAGCAAUUUAUUUCCUAAUGAUUAUUGUUGCCGGAUUGAUUAAAGAUUAUGUUGGAUUAGAUUCACCAGAUACGGAUACUUCAUUGUUACCUGAAUCGUUAUUGAAUUUUAUACAUCGUUAUAUACGUUCAUCAAAACGUUCAUUUUUAAAUGUAUAUUUCGUUAAAUUUGGUUGGUUUUGGACAUUGGUGGAAACAGUACCAUUUAUUUUAGCCACAAGAUUUAUAGUAACAUUUAGAAAAUAUUAUUCCAAACAACAAAAGAAUGAUGGUUCAGAAAAUUCUAGAAACAAAAAACGAAAAAAUUAUGAUACAAUUAAAUCAAGUACUGGUGGUGAUGAAAUCGAUGGCCUCCCACAACAAAAGGAUAUCGGUCAAAAUAAUUUCAAACAAUUGCCAUUUAUUCAGGAAUAUUUUCUUGAAUUAGCAUCACCAUUUAUACGAUUAGCUCUAGCAACGAUUGGAUGGUAUUUUUCUGUUCAAUCAUUUGUAAUGAUUGCCAAAAUGACUGGACAUUGUCAAUCUAAAGAUAAAUUACUCGUAUAUCUUCAUGCCGAAAUUGAUGAUUGCCUCAAACAUGGUAAUCGUUGGAUAUAUGGUUUGGACAUCAGUGGCCAUUUAUUUCUUAUGACAUUUUCAAAUUUAAUAAUCAUUGAAGAAUUACGUUAUCUACUCAGAAGAUUUGUAGAAUUUAAUGAAUUUCAUCGUUAUAUAAUGAUGUUUGAUCGUCAACGUGCCGAAAAUUUUAUUGAACCAUAUCGAUUUCGUUGGAAUUCUCCUAUACAUUGGAUUGGAUUAAUUGGAACAUUAAUCAUGGCAAUGAUCGCUAUAAUUUGGGAUUAUAUGAUGUUACAGACAAUGUUUUUCUAUCAUAAUUUAACACAAAAAAUUCUUGGAUUUUUAUGGGCCACCGUAAUGUGGUUUUUAAUCUAUAAAAUCAUAACCGGAUGGUUGAUCAAACGAUUAAAUGUCGAAUACGAAAAAUCGGGAAAAUGAAUACGUUGUACGUCUUCAAUGACUGGUACAAAAUACACACACAUGCUCAACGAUAUAUUCCAAAAAAAAAAUUUAAUCAUUUUAUAAUUUUGAUUUUGAUUAAUU